AUGCUGUUUCUCCUCUAUUUUCUUCAAGUUCCUCUAACUUUCACGGUAAAAGUGGCGAAACUCGAAAUUCCUUAUGAAUAUUUGGCUACCAGAGAUCACCCAAGUUCUGCUAACUAUAACAUGAAUGAUAAUUUCAAUGAUGCUCUUCAAAAAGCUUUUGAUAGCUCGUGUAAAUCGAAUCGCUGCUAUUUUCCAGUUUUUAAUGAUUCGGGGGUUUUGAAAUACACUAUACUUACUGAUGUUAAUAGCACUUGCCUAAGUUAUCCGAAUUGCUUGGGAUUUACCCAAGAACAAUAUCAAAACUAUAGUAUAGUCUUUGGUGAUCCAAGUAUUCAAGAUGAUAAUUUAAUGGAUAGAAGAAGUUAUGAAGUUGCAAAAUGUGCUUCGGGAUAUUUUUCAUUCACAAGAGCAAAUGGGUUGAAUUGGUGUGCUGAUAUUAAUAAAACAAGCGUGACACAUUCAGAAGCUGAAAACGCUUGCGAAGCGGAUGGAAAAUAUCUAAAUGGGUUUCAAUUUAUCGAAGAGCAAGAGGAUUUUUUAAUAUACAUGACAAGUCAACCGGCGCGCACUAUUCAUCUUGGAGCUACACGAUCUUCCAAAAAUAUGACGACUGAUAUGUCGGUAAGUAUCGAAAAUAUAGGUUUAGUGGAGUUAGGACAUCACUCGUGAACAUUCAAAAUAAAUUGUUAAGUUUACUCUUCUCACGUCACAACACGUUUAGAAUCACUUAUAAACAAUUUCUUAGAUGAUCUGGAACGAGGCAAUUGUUUCAACGAAUCAAACGUUAGCUAACAACUUGAAACUAUAUUAUGGAAAUGGCGAAUUUUUGUAUUUGUUAGUUUUAUCUGCAUCUGAUCGUUAUUAUGGUAGACACGAGUAAGUUAAUUAUUAACAAUAAUACAGUCUUUUCAAAACGGACGAUUUCAGCAACACAACUUCGGCUUAUUACAGUUGUGGAUGGUAUGCAACAUAA